CGGAGACAGACUCGAGCGCCAUCUGCGCGGAGAGCUGUCAAACCGGAAGGCGAUCAGCUGUUGCGGUCGCCAGUGGAAACGUCAAACGCGCACGUAUGUACAUACGUGCGAGACUUCGCAGGACUUGACGACAGGAACAGGAUUGAAGGAUCACCACGUGGCGUUUUGACAUAACAUUGGAGCUUGCGCUCGCGCAAAGAGACGAAACACGGGUACUGUGCUCCAAAUAAGAGCCGGAUAUCCGUUCAAGAAAGGGGGAGAGGCGUAGGCUCCGCGGGACGACGGACGUAAACACUGCCAGCCCGGGCUGGUGCUCGAAGAUGAAUCACGUGGAGAUCGAGGACUUUUACCAUCACGACUUCACCACCGUCUCCGAGUGGGAGGUGUUCAUCGCGCGACUCGAGGAGAUCAUGCACGAAUGGAGGCCGCCGCAUGCGAGGGUCGCGGGCCCCCUCAAACCGGGGGAUUUCGUCAACUGCCAGUGGCACGAGGCCUCGGAGAAGCUGAACUUCGCAGACGUAGAAUUUGUGCUGAAACACUACAAGCUGGAAAAGGAAGCGGACGAGGAGGACGCUACAAAGGAGGAGAAUGAAGAGGAGUGGAUACAGUGCCAAAAGGAUGCUCUGGACACGUCUAACGAUUUUGUUAAGCUCAAUGACAAUUGCAUGGAGAUAGCUCGUUAUUACGGGGUUCGGGAAUUCCUCGUUUUAAUACCGGCUCGGAAGGCGAGUUUAACGGACGAGACGCGAAUCAAGAUCGUGCUCAGCUCGCUGACGAUUGCGACCAACAACGCAAAUUGUUACGUACCGGCAUUGGUGCAGGUGCAGGAACCUUGGCAGAAAAUGUAUCUCGGUUGCUGCGCCGGUAAAGGGACCUGCGCGAGUCUCGACAUGGUACAUUUAAAGAAGGUCCCGCCACAUUGCCGAUACCUCACCGGCUUACUCGCUCUAUUCAAGCAAAAAGUCGGGGAGGGCUGCGGAGUAAAGCUCGACUCCGUAAUGGUGUCCGUUAGAUUUUCUUAUUUAUUGAAAGACUGGACUAAUAGCACGUGGACGCAAGAACCUCCGGAUUUCGAUUUCAUGCAGGGAGAAACGUUAGGUGUGGCCGAAUGGGGUAAACUUCCCUUCGGAGCGACUUUCGAUCCUGUCGGGGAGCUUCACCUGUUUGUCACGUGGCCACAAAUGUCAGAUAACGUCGUAGUGGAUAGCGAGGGAUACUCGGAUCUCGAACCGCAGCUCGCUCCCGAAUGGUCUGUGCAAGUGAAAAUGGUGGCCCUGCCGGCCUGUCUACUCGGCGAAUACAUGACGGACUUUCUGCAUCUGUGCAACAACCAGAAGACCAUGGUGGAACUACUGGGUGAGAGCGCGUCUUACAUUCACGACGACGAACAGAUGCUGAGCUCGGCCUUCAACGUGCUCACCGAGUCCAGAAUACCCACGAUUUCGACCGUUGUGGGCAGAUCGAGCGCGAAAAAGAAUAAGAACAUCGAGGGUCCAAUCGCGGAGGAGAUAUUGCUACCUAUAAUUUACUUCCUUUUCCCGGAUGCAGAUGAAAACUCGAAGUUUCCCUACAGCGACAUCACUGCGGCUGUGGAAGAUGAUCAGUGGAAAGGCGUGAAAACGUGCACGAUGGACAGCUUGGUGUGGCGCCUGUCGAUCGUUGCGGCGCACUGCACGCACAGUCUUGGCGGGGCGACCGCUCUGGCCCAGCUCUGGCACGAGUUCGCGCAGGAGAUCAGAUUUCGCUGGGAGAAGUGCGUCCUGAUACCUGGCGUCGGGCCCGGCUUUCCAGAUUCCGUUCGCACGUGCUUGCUGCAUCAAAAGUUACAGAUGAUGAACUGCUGUAUAACGAGGAAGAAGGCGAGGGAGGAGAACGCGCACAGGCCUCAAAGCACAGAGAUGGACGAUGUUGAGGAGACAGAGUCCGAGGAUGAGGAAUUCUUUGAGUGCACGAGCGAGGAGCUGGCGAGCGAGGAGGUUUCGUCAACGAAGCCGCAAUUGAAGGCGAAGCACCUGCUGUGGAACAAACCCGCGGGAAGAUUGGCUAAACAUCCUUCGCUCAGGCUGAUUCAAACCGGAGACCCUCUUUAUCUACCAAUCACGCAGGAUCCCGUGCCGAAGACGGAGGACCAGCUGGAGGAGGACGCGCAGGUGAUGAUGCAGCUCGGUACCGACAAGUACGCAUCCGAGAUGCGGGCUCGAAUGAUGAGCGCGUCCCUGUUGUCCGACAUGGAGUCCUUCAAGGCGGCAAAUCCUGGCGCGGUGCUGGAGGACUUCAUCCGAUGGUAUUCCCCGAGGGACUGGAUCGACGACGAAGGUGCUGACGAAUGGGGACAAGGAAAGGGUCACUUGUCGCCGCGGAUGAUGAUUCCUGAUAAUCCGUGGUCAACGACAUGGGCAUCGGCGCAACCAGUUCCCGCACACCGGCAGAAACGACUGUUCGAUGACACGCGGGAGGCGGAGAAGGCUCUGCAUUACCUGUGCUCAAAGCGAAUAGGCCAAGUCGCGCAGCUCCUGCUGCCGACUCUGACGCACGCCGCGCUCUAUACUCUGAGCUCGCAGAAACAGGAAGCUCUGCCGAGCCUGCUCGAUGUGGCACAGAGCAUACUCAAUAAAUUGCAAUACGCGACGAAACCAAUUCAUCAAAAGCUACAACUGUACGAGGAAAUCACGCGCGACGUCGAAAGCGUGGAAGCGCUAGUCGCGCAAGUCAAUUCGUUGCACCACAAGCUGGGCGGUAACAACGACUCCAAAGAAUUUACGUCCUUUUUGAUUCAAUUGAUGCGGGGGAAGGAGGUGAGUGUGCCCGGCGGUUCCAGAGGAGACAUCGGAGCUCGAAUAACGACGAUGUUCCGCGACGCUCAAAAGGCCGCUCAUAUGAUGACGUCCGUCAGUAACGCCAAUAGAAAUACUACGAGUGUAGGAGAUAGUCGUUACAAAACGUUUCCCGAGCCAUCGUGUAAAGAAUUCAUUUUGCGGGCGAUAAUGCCGCGGCCUUCGCCAGCUUCCACGCCGCAGCCGCAACGGCUGUACGUCUGCCUUAAACGAGAUCACAUCCGUUUAGCCGGAUUCUUUUCCGAGGAUACGACGUUCCUAUAAUGUCAAUCAAUCGAACGGCGCCAUAGGGUUUAAGUAAUUUUUGCAAAACAAAACAAAAAUUAUGCGCGUCCUUACAUUCGCCGUGAUGGUGAUUGUGGAUUUAUGCAUCGUAUUUCGUUCGCUUCGUUCUUUUUACCGCGAACG